GGUUUGAAGUUUGUGUCAUUUCCCUACCUCCCUAACGCUACAGUUGAAAGGUUUGACUUUGAUUAUGCAACAAUGCACCGCAUCAAACUCAAUGACAGGAUGACAUUUGCAGAGGUGUUGAACCUUAAACGGUUUGUGACCCCAGAGUCUCCCACCAAAGGAGCAGAAGGUAUAGGCGAGGGGUAUCGAGGUGGGAGAAGCGGGCUGUCAGGGGCUUCCUCCAGCAGCGACACAUCUAGCCUCAGCAGUGAAGCUGCUACCAAUGACAAAGAAUGCCAAAGGAAUCAGUGUGGCCCAUAUGAGUAUGAGUUGUUUUCGAUAAUGAUUCACUCCGGGAGUGCCGCGAGGAGGCCACUAUUAAGCCUUAUAUCAAGUAAGUCUUUCAAGGAUGGUCAGUGGUAUAGUUUCAAUGAUCAGCAAGUCACAAGGAUAACAUAUGAUGAUAUCCGGAAGACCUAUGGAGGUUCAAGUCUGGGGAGGGGCUUCUAUUCCUCUGCUUAUGCAAGCUCUACAAAUGCCUACAUGCUCAUGUACAGACAGAUUGACAAGCUCAGAAAUGCGUGCAUGGUGCCAGAUGAAUUCCCACAACACCUGAAGAUGGCGCUGCAGAAACAACAGGAGCAGGAAGAGGCAGAGAGAAAACAGAGGGAGAUAGACAAGUCUACCUGCAAGGUGAGGGCUGUACUGUUUCCACCAAGCAAUAAGAAGAAGAUGGAGUCCAAGUUUGAAGUUCAUAAGGACAAGACACUGAAACAAGCCAUGGAAAUGGCAUUUUACAAGAUUAGAUACUGCAUGAGCGAUGCAUCCGACUCACUGGAGAAGUCAUUUGAUGGAGAGGAGGACAGCCCCAUGGGCUGGUCUGCUGGGAGGGUCAAGUCCUGCUACAACUUGGAAAUCCUGCUGGUAAGCUGUCCUGACCAGAAAGUUCAAGAGCACAAGCCAAGGAGAGAUGGAGUAUUGUGCUGGUGUGACAGUGAAGGUGUGACAGUGAAGGUGUAUGUUGUGGACACCAAGAAGGAGAGAUCCACUCUCCCGGUCAGUGUCUUGGCCUACUACCAUGUCCAAACGGUCAGCGAAGUUCAAGAACCUCGUCACACACAGACAUUGGAACUUGAGUCCACGGAGAUGACAUGUGUCUUGGAAAGAUUCCACAAUGACCUUAGACCUCUUACAGUGCCAAACAAAACGCUUAAAAGCGAAGGCUUUUUCAAAAGUAAUAAGGUGUACGUCCAAUACCCAAUGGAUGGCGAAGAUGUGUACACCCCAUUCCUCAAGACCAAAUUCUACCAGCUCGUCACCAUCCCCACACCAGAGGAUGUGAAAGACUACGUCAAAUCUAGCCAGCAGAGUCUCCUGCGUCGACAGCAGCUCACUCUACAGGACGAGCCCUCCUCCAUGUGCAAUGAUGCCACAAGUGACUCCCCUGAUAUCGAUGAGGGGAUCAGUGACCCUGUGGAUGGAAUAGAUCAUAAAAUGCGGGCCAUGGCUAUCCAUGGUUGCCAUAGUGACCCUUCUGUGUAUCAUAGUUGCCAAGACAACAGUGACAUCUCUCCUCAGGAGUCUGGGUCUGAGGGUCGCAGUAGCAGUCCCGUAGGACCCAGCACAAGUAGUCAGGAAACGAGUACAAGUGCGGAGUUUAGUCUCACCACGAAUUACACCAACAAUGGACGGUCAGUCCACGUGUCACCAAAUGGCGACUCAGGUGACAAAGAUAGUGACUUCAAGCCUGAGGAGAACUGGGACCUGGAGAUAGGGGACACAGCAGACAGUGUGUGUUCAAGUUUAACCGUGUUUGUUGACAAGAGGAUCACUCUUGGUGCAUUCAAGAAGGAGCUAGAGCCUUACGUUGGUACGGUGAUGGAGAACUUCAAGGUGUACCGUGUUUACUCCAACAAUCAGGAGUUCGAGAGUAUCCGGCUCACUGACACACUCUCUUUCUUGGAGGAUGGAAAGCUGAAUAUCAAACUUGGCCGUGCCCUCCGUCCCGGGGAACACAGGGUAAAGGUGUAUCUCCUUGCAGUGAAUGAAUCAGAGCCAUGUAAGUUCCUGGUGGAGACAAUUCUAGCCAAGGGGAUGACAGUGCUGGAGUCGAAGAAGCUAAUUCUCCCCGAGAUCAAGGAACAGUGUGACAUGGAGAUCCCUCUAGACAGGUGUCGAUUACGGAAGAAAACAUGGAAGAAUCCUGGCACGGUCUAUAUCGAUUCUCAAAUCUAUGAAGAUGAAAUUGCCAUUUUCCCCAACUGGGAGGUGUACCUAGAAAUCCUGCAUGGUCCUGAGCUGAUGACGUCCAUGUCGCAGCUUGCCCUCUACAUCAGGCGAUGGCAUCCAUCAACGUAUGAAAUUGAUCCAUUCCAAGAAAUAGUUCUCAACCAGCAGACAGUGGAUGAACUCAAACUUAGGAUAUCUGAGAAGAGUCUUAUCCCAGUGGAAAAUGUGGACUUUGCCAAGGGCAAGGGCACGUUCCCAUGUGAGACGUCGGUACUGGAGAUCCAACAAGAUCUCGACUGGAACACUCAGGUCUCUACCCUCAAUGUGUGGCCGCUCUAUAUCUGUGAUGAUGGACAUGUGAUAUUUUACAGGGAUAAGGCUGAAGAAAUAAUGGAGCUCUCUGAAGAAAAGAAGAAGGAAAUUCAGCAGAAAGAAAAUAUCAGAAUAUCUCGCUCCAGUCAGAGGCUGACUUACUCACCUCGUAAAGAGAAAGCUCUGAAGAUCUACACAGGAGAAGAUAACCCUCCUUCAAGCAGCAAGUCCUCGCCAGAUCUGGACUGAUUGUGUCCCCUUGAUUCUCAGUACUGGUUCCCGUAAUCGACCAUUUGUGCCCUCCGUGUGUGUGGAUGUUAUGUCUCCCUGUGGAAAGUCUCUGUUGUCCCCAGUAAACCAACAGUGGUCAGAAGUGCUCUGUCAUCUGCAGGAGGACAUUUUUAACUGUACAACCAAAAGCAUGAUGGCAUGACAUAGUUACAAUAAUUCAUAGAAUUCAUCCAAAAUGUGUGAGUUUUCCACACAUUGUUCAUUUGGUGAUUUUAAUAAUGGUAAAUUGUGUUACUUAACUCCCUGGCUCAACUAAGGAUCUGGAGAAGUUUCUGCUGCAGUGCCCUUCUUCAUGGAGUGCUGAUAUAUCAAUCAAGCUUUAAAGUUAGUAAAGAACCAAAUGUUCUUCCUAUUUGUUCUUUCAAGCUUGAAAUCAUUUGUUGGCUUGGCUGUAUUUCACUCUCUGUUGCUUACCUGGGGGUCCGAAGCUGACGAGCCAGCAUGAGACUGGAUGCCACUGGCUGGAUGCUACAGGUGUGUGAGGACAGACGUCACUGUAUACAAGUCAAUACUGAAGCAUCGUCAGAUGGCUGUGCUACAACAGGCCAAUUCUGUGUGAUCUAAUACACCUACUGUUAAAUUGUUGGUAGAAAUAUUGCAACAAAUUGUCCUUAUAAAAAGAGAACUAGUAACCCUCGUGGAGGAAGAUUUGAACCAAAGUUGAUGGCCGACAGCCCUCGGAUAAGACAAAGAUUAUUCAGUCAUAGGCAUGUGUAGUGGAGAUUGUAGGCAAUUGUGAGGUGACGCCAGUCACAUGUACAGAAGUCUGCAAGCUUUGUUGACAGCUAGUUGUUAGGGAAGCAGUAUACCUGCUACAAUUGACUUCCUUCCAGAUUGGAGGUCAGGUUGUGGAGAAGUCUUCUGUCCAUGUUGUCAGGGAAAGCAGUAUUUCUACUGAUUGUUGUCUAGACAAUCACUUUGUGGUGAAGUCUCCUUCCGCGUUGUCAAUCAAUACAUCGUCAGGGAAUCGGUAUUGAAGCUGCCAGGUACUUGGUGAAGAAGUCCUGUAUUUGUUGUCAGGGAAGUAGUAUAUAUGUGUGGUGAUGGAAGCCAGGUAUGUGUGGAGAAGUCUUCCCCAUGUGUUGUCGGUUGUCAGGGAAGCAGUGUCUCUGCAGAUGUCCGAACAUAUGUGUAAUAAAAGGGCAUUUGAGCUCUGAGAGACAUUUGUUAAAUCAAACAGAAACUUGCAAACAUUUGGAUAAUGUUGUCAUUGUCAGAUUCAGACAUGAAACACUGCUCUUAACUUUGAGAUGAAAUUGUUCAUUAGAUGUGUGGGAGUACCUGCCCCUUGCAGAGACUACAGCACUAGGACUAUUAUGACUUGUAUACUUUAACACUGGCUUAUAGUAGCAGUAGUGCUUUGACUACAGUGUGCAUGCAAACCCUGGACAUGACACUGGACAUAUUCUGGCUCUGCUUCCACAAAAACAAUACAGCAACAGCAACUUGAAUAACAGCUACUGCUUGUACUGUAUCUAUUGCUGCUGCCGCCAUGACAGUGAUGAUGUCCACACACACAGGGUAAAGACCAGGGUUCCGCCCUGAAGGUGGCAGCAGUGAAUGUAGCUUGUCGUUUCUACCCUGGUGCAACUAUUCACAGAUCUCAUGUGUGUCCAAUAUAACCACAUCUAGCACAUAGCUAGGUCUUUUCUCAACCUAGAAAUGUCUCUUUGUUAAUAGCUGCUAUGUCCAUAAUCAUAAGGAGAAACUGUGAUGAUGAUGAUGAUGAUGAUGAUGAUGAUGAUGAUGAUGAUGUAGGCUGGAGAGGGACAUCCAUUUUUUAUGACAGUUGUCACGUAAUAUACGCAUGUAAGGAAUUAGCAGAUCCUGAUUUUGCAUAUGACCAUUACAAUGGCAUUUGGAGGUGUUCUUUAAAAGCCAUGUUGCAAAAGUUCAUCAAGGAAUAUUUACAAAUCUGUGUGAUUUUUAACUAACAGUAGUGUUAACUGAAUUCAUUAGAACACAAGUAUUUUCAUCAUAACGUGAUGAGGCAGAGAUCAGUAUGCGUUAUCAAGAUGACAGUGUGUUUGCUCAAUUCUCAACUUCUACUUACUAACCACCAGAAACAUUAGGACUUCAUUCAGAAUCCAUAGGCCAUCCCUCCAUAUAAUGGGGCUGCACACUUGCUCGUUUGUAUUUAAAAUAUUGUGACUUUGAAGAUAAAACAAAAAGGAUAGGGAAUCCCUGUCCAGCCAUUGGCUUGAUGGAAUCAAGGUAGUAUGUGAUAUGUGUCCAAUGUGUACAGUUGAUGUGUAUAACCUGUGUGUACACCAGGACAGGGAGACAGGCUUGAGGGCAAGACACGCGGUCUGUACAUGUCUCCGUGGGUCUGUGUGUACAGUUGAUGUGUAUAACCUGUGUGUACACCAGGACAGGGAGACAGGCUUGAGGGCAAGACACCCGGUCUGUACAUGCCUCCGUGGGGUUCUCCCUAUGUUCUGGGCACAAACUGGUUCAAGUGUCCACAAUGUUUUGGACACUAUUUGGUUCAAGGGUUCACAAUUCCAGUUGAUUAAAUCAAAUAUUUUGUGAGAUAUAUGUAUGUGGGAUUUGUUGUAUGUACAUACUGAGAUAUGGCCUCGGAGUGUGACUGCAGGUAGGGAUAUUUGAUAUUGAUGCUGUUGUGGUACUUUCUAAAGGAAUUGUAUUGUAUUCGUAAGACUUCUCACAGAGGAAACAAACAAGCAGGAUUUUGACCCAGGUAAUAAAUUGUGUUGAUUUUCUGAAGAGACCAUGAAUGCACAGUAUUUUAUGUUGUUCAGUUUUAUGAAAAUCCACCCACUGUCUAAAGCCGAUCAACACAUAUGUAAGUAAAACUGAAGGAAUGACUGAUAUUGUCUAGGCCAGACACAGUUUUGUUCUUGUUGUACACGCAUAACUUUUGAAAACAAUAAGAAAAUAUAGUUAACAAAGAUGAUAUAUUUGAUUGAAAUUAUACUGUAUUUGCAUACUUUGUUUCUUUCUGUAUACAUUGUAUUUGCUGUAUUAAGCAAUCCCAGACCAUGUCUAUGAGUGCACCGUACAAAGACCCUAAUUUCACAGGAGGUCUGUACUUCAUAAUGUGUAUUACAAAUAGUUUUGCAGAAAACAUUAGGGGUAUAUCAUUUAUACGUUUACAUUAUAUCUGUCAAAAAGGCUUUAGUAGCGUUGACCUAAGCUCAUUUUCUACCUCCUGACAUCAGAUUAAUAUCCAAGUGGUUUCAAUUAUGAUAGAGUAUGAUGCAUCUUUUGUCAUUUUGACCAAGGAAAUCUUUAAAACAAGAUUAUGAAUUGGUCUGGCCUUAAAGGAAGCUUUGAAAUGAAACAGUCCCUUGAAGAAUGACUUACCGAUCUAUACUAUAUUGGUUUUCCCAAGCUGUGUAACUAUUGAGGGAAGUGUUCAUGGAGUGUAGCUUGCUUCAUAUCAUACACAGCUGUUUAUACCAGGGAUGUAUGUGAUUGUGUAUCUUGCAUCAGGCAGAAACCUGUCCCAAUCACAAACUCACCAACAUUAAGUUUUCAAGCACUAAUUGAUUUCAUUGAAUGAGUUAUCUUUUGUUUUGGACUUUUCUAGAUGCCAAUAAUUUGAUGCUGAUUUUGGACACCAAUAUUUAACUUAGACAAGUUGUGCAUGGAACACAAUAUUGCUGUAAGUGUUUCACUGUCAAUUGUGUGGGUUUGUGUACUUGUCAAACAGGGCUUUCAGCAAAGGGACAUAACUGCUGAUGUUUUGAUAAUCCUAGUCUGAAAUAAGCUUGAACCCAUUUUUCAGUGCAUGUUACAUAUUUUUGUGAAAAGAGUAUUUGGUAGUGUGAAAUACCAUAUUGUUUAUAAAUUAUGUUACCUUGUCAACAAGAGUGCUAUAACAAGUCGGUCGUCAUGGUUGCAAUAUGUUCUUGGUUUAUGCGUGGAUGUUCAUGACACUACAAACAUUGUUGUAGACGAUGUUUCCAUAGUGAGCUUUUCAAUUAACCAUUUCCUCUGUUUAAGGUAGUUUGUAAACACACUACAGAGAUAUGAAGUUUAAUUUGUUGAA